UAGUCGGAUUCGUUAACCACUGCGCCACGACGGGAACUCCGGAAGACCUUUUAAAACUGCAAAGUGUGUGGAGUUUUAAACACAUAUCCUCAGCAAGGGCAGAAUACAUAAUGACAUACACUGUAAAUUUUCUUUAAUACUUCACAAAAAUAUCAAUGUUAUUUAUCAGAUGUUGAAAAAAAAAAUAAAGCCAUCUUUAGCACACAUUCAAGUAUUCCAGGGUCCACCCCCCCUACCUGCCUUGACUCUUCUCUGCUCUGACAACGAAACUCAGCUUCAGUAAUAACAAUGCUACCCAUGUUCUACUCCUGGAAUGCUUGAUCUCCAUCAUUUCAUAGAAGUCUCACAACCUCCCCAUUUUCCAGAUGAGGACAUUGAGUUUUCACCGAAAUCCCGUUCUCCGCCAGUGAACUCCAACAAACAUCCAAGUCACACUGACAGCCAAAUGCUCAGAUCUGGCUGGACAGGGAAGGCUGCUGUGGGCUCGUGGCGCCGCCUGGAGCCUUAUGUGGCAAAUAACCUGAAAAAACGAGCGUCUGUAUCUCUAUGGGUAAGGGUGGACUCCACUCCGCUUCGUUCUCUGAGGGCCCCGGCAGUCUGAAACGCUACACGACACUGGCCAGGGAGAUGGAGACACAUCUCCUAACCUGAUGCCUUGAGGAGGUCACGACCCUGCCCUGUGGGAUCUCCGUUUGCCAGAAGCUACCUUUUUUUUUUUCUUUUUUUUUUACGGCCGCACCUGCAGCAUAUGAAAGUUCCCAAGCCUAGGAACCAAUCGGAACUAUAGCCAAGGCAACACCGGAGGAUCCCAGCUGCAACUGCUACCCUAUCCCAAAGCCUGAGGUCACCGCCCGGCAUUAUCUUGAGGGCAGAGUGGGAGAUAACGCCCUGCAUUUGGACAAACAAACAUAAACCAAGGUAUGGGGAAACCGCCACCUAGAGUCUUGGAGGCCCAACUGGGGCGAAACUCCGGGGGCGCGAAACAGGCGGGACGCGGCGAAUAUAAAACCGUAAAAGUUAUUGGCCGUAUUCCCUUAGGUGCCCGCCCCAGAACCGAGGAGCAAGAGAGGGCUACUUUCCCAGACUUAAUGCUCAUUGGCUGAUCAUGGAGCGUGCCCUUUGAGCUGGGAGGUCUCAUUGGCUGGACUCAGCACUGUCUCUUGGGGGCGGGACCUAGAGGGGGCGGGGCUUCUUUCCCUCAGGUCACGCUCCCACGGUUUGCCUACGGUUAUUUAGACCAGCAGGGAAGCCUGGUAUCUGGGGGUUUAGUCCUGGGGCGGGUAUGGGGGCACGCUGAGGCCGGCCCCGCCGUUCUCGCUUUUGCACGCCCUGCUUUCCAACGCCACUUACGAGCCUAGCGAGCGGUGUCGCGGGCGUAACGUCAUCGCGACGCGUCGCGGGAGUACGGAAGAAGCCUCGACCUCUCUAAGCGUGGGGAGCUGCGCGACAAUGCUGCAGCUAGUCCGGGCUGGGGCGCGGACAUGGUUUCGGCCCAGCGGCUGCCGGGGCCUGAACACCCUAGCAGAAGAGGCAGUGCAGCAGGCGGAGAAGCCAGAAUCAGUGGCGAGUUUGGGUCUCCAGCCGCCCGUGUUGCGCAAAUGCGAGCUCCCGGUACCUGCGCACCGGCGUCCGGUGCAGGCCUGGAUCGAGUCCCUGCGGGGCUACGAGCAGGAGCGCGUGGGUUUGACUGAGCUGCACCCAGAUGUUUUCUCUACGGCGCCCAGGCUAGAUAUCCUGCACCAGGUUGCCAUCUGGCAGAAGAACUUCAAGAGAAUUAGCUAUGCCAAGACCAAGACAAGGGCCGAGGUGCGAGGUGGUGGGCGGAAGCCCUGGGUGCAGAAAGGCAGUGGGCGUGCCAGGCAUGGCAGCAUCCGCUCCCCGAUCUGGCGAGGAGGAGGCGUUGCCCACGGCCCCCGGGGCCCCACGAGCUACUACUACAUGCUGCCCAUGAAAGUGCGGGUGCAGGGCCUCAAGGUGGCGCUGACUGUCAAACUGGCCCAGGACGACCUGCACAUCGUGGACUCCCUGGAGCUGCCGACUGCAGACCCCCAGUACCUGAUAGAGCUGGCCCGCUACCGCCGCUGGGGUGACUCUGUCCUCCUCGUGGACUUGGAACACGAGGACAUGCCUCAGAACGUUGUGGCAGCCACCUCCGGGCUCAAGACCUUCAACCUGGUCCCUGCUGUUGGCCUGAACGUGCACAGCAUGCUCAAGCACCAGACCCUGGUCCUGACCCUGCCGACCGUUGCCUUCCUGGAGGAGAAGCUGCUCUGGCACAACUCGCGCUACACACCCCUCUACCCCUUCCGCCUGCCCUACUGCGACUUCCCCUGAGCCCCUUCCCUGCACCUUUCAUGGCCUUCCAUGGCCCAUCGGCGCCCUCCUUCUUGCUGUCCUGCUCUGAGCCAGGUUGAGCCCCUGACGGGCUUGGGAGCCUCCCAUUCGCCCUGGAAGGCAUUGCCCAGCCCCCCUCGUCCCAGGUGGGGGCAGAGGCCACAGUCAGAGUAGCCCAGCAGGCAUCACUACAGGAAGGUGGGGAGGCACAGCUCUCCAGAGAGCCUGACCGAGCUUCUGCCCCAGGUGUCUCUUUUGUGUAAGAUAAAUUUUUAAUUUUUUAAGCCAAGAGGAGAACCAAACAGCUCGUUACCAUUUUGUGAAUAAUUCCAUUUGGCAAGUUGGGCUCCUUCUGUGGUGCUGGGCACCGCUGGGUACCUCUCCUCAAGGGGCAUCGGCACUGUUUAUAGAAAUGACCCACCAUCAGCUUUCCUGGGUGAGUCAGCCUUGGGGAGUGGCGCCUCCUGAUUGCCAAGCACUCUCAAUAAAGGCUUGCAUCCCUCACAGGGCUUGUGGUCCUUCAGUCCAAGUGUGGGCCUGAGUCCACAGAGGGUACAGUGUGGAAACCUGAACUUUCAUCACAGUGAUUUUCCAGAAGCACAGAGUCAGGAUCAAUGUAGUAGGUAAAUGAGCAAAUAAACUUUCUUAAAACACCAAA